AUGGCGACGUCUUCUGAGGGACCAAAUCAGCUGUUUAUUGGCACUCUAUCUGUGACUCUACUCCAGCCUAGUAGAAAUGGCCCCGAAUACUUAUCAUCUAUGGUUGAUGUUGUUUUGAAACUCAUGGAGAGGAGGUGUGACAGCACUGAGAAAGAAUAUCGACUAGAGAUCAGUCGGCCAGAUGAGUUCGAAUUCCUUUAUGCAGAGAGUAUAACUCGAUCGAAAUAUCAGAUUCUUGCAAAAUCAUGGAAUCUUAAUGCGGAUUUCGACGACUUUCCGGUGAAAAUAGUCCGACUUUUACGUGAACGGAAAAAUGCCAACUCGCCUGUGCAAGUGACUUGUACGUUGAGUCAAGAUUCAUCGCUUUGCACCCUGGAAGUGGUUCAUACGAUAGACAUGUACACAGUGCGAAUGCCUAUAGAGCUGAAAGCCGUACGCGGCAAGGAUCUCUUGUGCCAUGUCACUUACAAUAUGCGUGCUUUGCAGGCUGAAGUUAACCAAUUAAAAAUGGAAAAGAAGAAAAAUGUGGAAGAGUGCGAGGAACUAAAGCAGAAUUAUAAAGCGCUGCAAGAACGCUGUGAUAGGGCAGAGUCGGAGAAGACAGAGCUGGAGCGGAGAGCGAAGGAUAUCGAAAAGCGCUUGGCGGACAUAACAUUGAAAAAAGAGGAGUUUGAGCAGGAUCUAGAAUUAGAGAGGGACGAACAUCAAUCUGCUUUGAACACGAUUGAGGAUUUGAACAAAUCAUUAGAAGAAUCUGAGAGAAGGUACCGACAGCUCGAAGAAGAUUAUAGUCAGUGUGAAGAGGAAUGUGAAGAAUUGUCUAGCAAGUUACGUGAUUCUGAUGCAACAAAGGCUCGACUCCGCAUUGACAAGGAGAAUCUGCUCGCCUCUUUGGACAAAACGAGAAAAGAUCUUACCAAAGCUAAUUAUGUCAUUUCGAAGUAUUUGAAGGCAGGUAUGUGUAAUCCAGACAGAAGUUUGGACGAAAAGAGGAACGAGAUGGCUGCAGAUCUGAAAAUGAAAGAAUCGCUUAUCGACGAAAUGACUGCGUCGAUUGCUGAAUACCAAAAGAAAGCGGAAGAACUGAUGAAGGAGAAUACAGAGUUGCGCGAAACUUUACAAACAAUGGAAGCGGAAAGAACGAGAAAUGCUCGAUUAAUCGAAAUGUACCGUAAUCAACAACGUGCUGUCGCUUCUCGUUACGUAGGAGUUUCUCCACCGGUCAAUCCUGGAUUUGCGAACACCUCUCCGUUUUUCGGUGGCAGAACGAGUCCACUCGGCUCUUUUGUUCCUUCAACGCCCACUAAUUUUAGGAAUGUUUUGGGAAGAACUCUGCAAUCGAGUACUGCGUUAGUGACACCGUCCAUGCGAACAACGCCGCCUGUCAUCAACAGAAACUUACUCACAAAUAAGGAGAAUGCUGCUCCUCCACUCUUUGCUUUGGAGCCAACCCAACCACAAGCAAAACAAAGUUGAUGCGUGAUGACGUCACCUCUUGUUUGAUCGAUCUCUUAUUUAUCUCGGCCGGAACUGACUUUUAUGACAGCUAUGACACUCUUUAUAAUCACCGAUACCAAGCUUUCUUUAUACUUUUGACUCUUACCUAUGGAAAUAUACUAAAAACGGGGUAAACGCAGCGGAGAACCAUUCCGCAUGUAAAGUUUGGAGCUUCUGAGUAUCGAAAUCACAUAAACAGAGAAUAGUUUUCGGGAUGCACGGACCAUCUUUCUGUUUGCAUUCAAUAGGCUAAUCGUAGUGCAUGCUGUCACUACACUGCACUUUCUCUUCACUUUGAACAUUUCACUGUGCUCAACUAACGUAAGAAAAUCUUUUGAAGAGUUAUUUAGAUGAGACUACUGAAUUUUACUUAUGAAUUUAUCUCACUUUUAUGCUUUUUGAUCUUGUACAUAUGUAUCUAAUGACUUGCUUCUUCCUUGUAAAAUAUAUACAGUUGUAGCUUUUUCUCAUCAAAAUAAUUGCCCAUCGCAUGUUUAUUGAAACUAAAACGUACAUAAAACUUACCACC